UUCUGUUGGUUUGGGGUUACUGGAACAUUUUUAUAGAGCCAAAUAAUUGUGCUGGGUGCAGUGCAGGGCAGGAUGCCUGCUCCCUACCGCAGCUUCCGAAGCAGCGUCCCGUGGCUGAUCCUCCUCCUGCAAGCUGCCUUCAUCCUCCUCUUUUACUUCUUCAUCUCAGAUGGUGCAGGAUACAUGCCCACCAUUGCCUAUGCAGCUUUUCAAGAUGUAAACCACAUGCUGGUGUUUGGAUUUGGCUUUUUCUUCCUGUUUCUCAGAAGAUAUGGAUUUAGCAGCAUUGGAUUCAACCUCCUGAUCCUUGUACUUGGUGUCCAGUGCUCUGUGCUGAUAGAAGAUUUGUUGAUUUUCCUUCUUCAAAUGGAAAGGCUAUAUGGUCUGGAAAGAAUAAUAAAGGCUGUUGUGAGCAUGACUGCUGUGGUCAUCUCCACUGGAGCUGUUCUUGGGAAGGCUAAUCCUGUGCAGUUGAUUCUGAUGACAGUUGUGGAGAUCAUAGUUUUCCAUGUGAGCAGAGGGAUGAACCAUGUGUUCCUGCAGCUUCCAGACAACAUCACCAUGAGGCAUGUUCACCUCUUUGGAGCCUACUUUGGCCUGGCAGUCUCCUCACGUUUCUCUGAGCCAUCACCAAGGUCUGAGAAGAGCAGGAGGACCCCAAAGUCAGAUUUAUUUUCCAUGCUGGGUACUCUCUUCCUGUGGGUGUUCUGGCCAAGCUUCAAUUUCGUGCUGGAUGUGGAUGGCAGGAGCAGAACCAUCUCCAACACCUACUUUGCCCUGGCAGCCAGUGCUGUGGCUGCCUUUGUGCUGUCUGCUCUGACCACAAAGGAUGGGAAGUUCCAGAUGAGCCACAUCCAGAGUGCAGUGCUGGCUGGUGGGGUCGCUGUGGGUUACACAGCUCACAGGAUUGAGUACCCUUGGAUUGCAAUGAUCCUGGGUCUGCUUGCCAGUCUGAUAACCAUCCUGGGGUCCUACUGCUUGCAGAGAUGCUUGAAUCCUGCUCUCAAGAUCCAUGACACCUCUGGAGUUCAUUUCACUUUUGGCUUGCCUGCUGUGCUUGGAGGCCUUGCUCAGGUCAUUCUCUUAGUGGUCCAAAACUGGGACAAUUUACCAAGACUGGGUAGCUUGGUCAUGAUUCAUGUUGGAGCCUUCUGCCUGACCAUCAGUGUUGCCUCAGUAACAGGUUUCCUUACAGUUUCCCCAUUUGGCUGUUGGAUUUUGAAUGGAGGACCCCUGAGAAUGGACAUAACCAAGAUAAGCUUUUCCCUUUUUGUCACUAGAGCAAAUGAAUAGCUGGGAGGGGUUGAAAGAGCACCUGAGAGGUCAAUGGACAGCCAAUAAAUUAGUAAUCAACUGUUGGAAUUAUUCUUGCAACCCUAAUGGCUGUAAAUUUUACAGUUGCAAACUGAAACACAUUUUGCUUUUCUGCUUGGAUUGCUCUUAAAUUCAUUAUUUGUAGGAUAUGUCCAAAAAACCCAAAAGACAACCCCAAAAGUUGGCUGCAUCCAUUGCUGUCAAUCCAAAUGCUUAGAAACUUUCAACUAUUUUUAUCUCCCAAGUCUGAAAGCCAAAAUAUGUAUCUUAAAGUACAAUUUUUCAAGGAUUCCAUGCUCAUUGUUACCUAGUGAAGUGUUAAAGUGCUUGUUUUUUAAGCUAAAUUAAUUCUGCUAAGCAAGGAUUUGAUGAGUGAGCUGGAGCAGGGCCAGAGCUCUGCAUCUCACCAGGCUCCUGGGAGUUACCUGACUGCUUCAAGAAAAAUCUAUCAUGACUUGGCUUGGGCAAGCUCUUUGGAGCUUCAGAGGGUUCAAAGUGAAAUCAUUCAGCUUGGUGCCAGUGUCCCCAAAGUCAGUGGUGUUUGCUCACAGGUCAGAUUUGGCUGCAAACCUCAGAACAGCCUGGCUGGGCCCUGACAGUCUGUACCACCAAGAGCUCAGCUGCCCAGAAGCCUCUGGCUGCCCUCGGGGUGGAGAACAGGAGAAGCUGAGGGAAUAGUCUUUGAUCCUAGCUGGUACCAAGGCAAAGGACUCAUUUCCAGAGCCUUGGCUGAGCUUUUUUAGCCCAAAAUCAGCAGGGCUGUGCUGCACACCCUGGGGAAGGUCAGGCAGAGGAUCCUGUGCAAGCAAGCCCUAGUUUUUAGGUGCAUUGUGAGGCACAGGGUUUCUUCUGUUUCAAAUGAGUUGCCCAACUCAUUUUCAACCUCUUUCCAAAAUGCUUACCUAAUAAAAAAAGAAGUCCAGAUGUGAUUUUUUUUUUAUUUUUUUCAGCACACUUGCUUAAAACUGAAGUGAUGAGGAGAAAAGGAAUGCUGCAGGCAGGGCCUGAGCUCUUGGGU